GGUGACAAGUACGAAAAGAGGGACACACAAGAACUGUGCAGUUACAAAAUGGCGUUGAGGCAGUGGAUUCAUUUACUGGCUUUGGUGAGCCUCCUGUCUGCAGAAUCAAAUGCUCAGCUUGAUGUAUGUGGCACUGCUCCACUCAACGGCAGGAUAGUGGGAGGUGAAGAUGCUCCACCUGGAUACUGGCCGUGGCAGGUCAGUGUGCAGCUACGUGGUAAUCAUUUUUGUGGCGGUUCCCUCAUCAACAAAGAGUGGGUGAUGUCUGCUGCUCACUGCUUCUCUGGUUCUAGUCCCUCUGGGUGGACGGUUUCUCUUGGUCUUCAGAGUCUGCAGGGUGAAAAUCCAAACAAAGUGUCCAGAAAUGUUGCCAAAAUCAUUUUGCACCCAAACUAUGACAGUGAGACCUACGACAACGACAUCGCUCUGCUCAGACUCUCCUCACCAGUCAGAUUCACUGACUACAUCAGACCUGUGUGCCUGGCAGCGAGUGGCAGUGUGUUCAACAAUGGCACUGAUAGCUGGGUGACUGGCUGGGGUGCAGUCAAAGAGGGAGUGGCCUUACCCUUCCCUCAAACGCUGCAAGAAGUGGAGGUGCCAGUUGUGGGAAACAGACAGUGUAACUGCCUGAAUGGAGUGGGCACAGUCACAGACAACAUGAUCUGUGCUGGUGUUCUGGCAGGAGGCAAAGACUCAUGCCAGGGAGACUCCGGAGGUCCAAUGGUGAGUAAACAGGGCUCUGUUUGGGUCCAGUCUGGAAUUGUAAGUUUUGGUUUUGGUUGUGCUCGGCCCAAUCUGCCAGGAGUCUACUCCAGAGUGUCCCGUUACCAGUCCUGGAUCAAGUCCCGCAUUCGCUCUAAUAGGCCAGGAUUUGUGCAGUUCAUCUCCAGCGGGCUGGACUCUGACAGCAACUACACCUGUCCUGGUCUCUAACAAGACCCUCAAGGAGAUAAUAGCAGAGUCUUCAUGGUUCCAAGUUGCUGUCGUAACAAUCAGUGGACGUAAAGUGAGCCAUGCAGAUGUUGACAUCUUUACCAACACCUGAAGAUUUGGGUCAUUCUUACAGGAGAUUGUUGGUGAAACAUCAUCUCCUGCAGCACUUUUGACAAGAUUUCACCAGAUUACUGAGUUUCCUUAUUGCUGUCUUUUGCUGUCCUCAUUAUCUCCUUGUUCCUGCUGUUAUGAUUUGUUGUUGUUGGAGGUUGAUGUAGUUCAUUAUUACAAAUGACCAACAGAUGCUAACAAUCUUCAUUAGCACCCAUUUAUAUU